AUGAAAGAAUAUCUGUCGGAUACAAAAGGCGUUCGAGAGAAAGGGAAGAUGAUGGAGGAGGCGGAAAAGAAGCUGGAGGCAGAAGGGGUUGGCUGCAUCAUUCUGAUAAGCAGUUACAGUUGCAAUUUUCAACGGCUCUUUCAUUUCCGAUUCUUGCAGUUUUCGAUGGCUGCUUCAAUUGGUUUUCUCAAGAUUACUACAAAACUGAAACCAAUUCGAACAAGAGAAAGGUUUGUUUGUUCAUGUUUUAAGGAAUCUGAGAAAGAAAGGUGUUUAUUGAUGAAGACUUUGAGAUCGAAAAUGCUGCUAUCUUGGCUUUUUCAAGACAAAGUGGUCUCUUUUGUUGGUUCAAAGUAUGAAAAUUUUCUAUUUUAUGAUUUUCUCAUUGCCAAAGGGUUGUUAUGGAUUUUAAUUAGAGAAGGUGUUGGAGUUCUGCUAUUGGAAGAACUUGACCAUGCUAAGGGAACAUAAACGGCUGAAAGCCUUCCUUUGGUUUCUAUAUUACUUUGACCUGGAUGAAGCUGACUUGAUUGAACGAUUUAUUUCUUAACUGAAACAUUUUUCAUGUAUAUCGUAUGUCUUGUAUUGUAUUGUGUUGUAAAAAGUAAAAUCAUCUCAUUUUUGUUGCAUUUUAUGGUGUCAUGUGACAAAACUGCUACCACAAAGUAUCAGGUUGACCAGAGCAACAAUUUGAGAAGGCAUGGAGACGAAAAAGACCUGAAUGCAUGGUAGUUACAUGCGGAAUCUAUGUUUCAUGCAUGACAACUUAACAAUGUGUUGAAUACUUAAUCAAUAACAUUGUUUACAAUGGAAUACCCUUUAACCCCGCAACGCGGGGGGAAACUUUCCUAGUUUGUAUGAAUAGAGAGGUGGGCAAAAUAAUCGGUUUAUGGUUCAUGAUCCGAAAUGGUUUGAAAUCAAAAACCUAUCCGAAAAUGAGGCAUGUUCAGUUUAAAACAUAUCCACUGGUUUGGAUCGGUUUGAGAACUUUACUAAUGAAAAUGGUU